CCUCUGGGCCCGCCUCCGGGCCCUGGGUCUAACGAGAGCCGGGAAGCGGUAUGCUACCAUUUCGUCUGCGGCGCAUGACCCCUCCCAGUACCCGUGAUGCCAAGGCCGAUGCCAGGGGCGAGGAAUAGUCGGGGUUGAGUCCCAACGGAGCGGAGGGUUCACGCUCUUCUGAUCUCCCGGGCUCGCCCCACCUGAAGAAAUGAGUGGUGGAUUGGCCCCAAGUAAAAGCACAGUGUAUGUAUCCAACUUACCCUUUUCUCUGACCAACAAUGACUUAUACCGGAUAUUUUCCAAGUAUGGCAAAGUUGUAAAGGUUACUAUAAUGAAAGAUAAAGAUACCAGGAAGAGUAAAGGGGUUGCAUUUAUUUUAUUUUUGGAUAAAGACUCUGCACAAAACUGUACCAGAGCAAUAAACAACAAACAGCUAUUUGGUAGAGUGAUAAAAGCAAGCAUUGCUAUUGACAAUGGAAGAGCAGCUGAGUUCAUCCGAAGACGAAACUACUUUGAUAAGUCUAAGUGUUAUGAAUGUGGGGAAAGUGGACACUUAAGUUAUGCCUGUCCUAAAAAUAUGCUUGGAGAACGUGAACCUCCUAAGAAGAAAGAGAAAAAGAAAAAAAAGAAAAUUCCUGAACCAGAAGAAGAAAUUGAGGAAGUAGAAGAAAGUGAUGAUGAAGGGGAAGAUCCGGCUCUUGACAGCCUCAGUCAGGCCAUAGCUUUCCAGCAAGCCAAAAUUGAAGAAGAACAAAAAAAAUGGAAACCAAGUUCAGGGGGUCCCUCGACAUCAGAUGAUUCAAGACGCCCAAGGAUAAAGAAAAGCACAUAUUUCAGUGAUGACGAAGAACUUAGCGAUUAAAAUUAUAUUUAUUAUGUAAAUAUCAUUAAAAACUUUUUUUAUUUUGGAGUAUCAAGUUUAGUUGGAACUAAAGAUUACUUUUAGAAUUUGGGCAUAAGAAUACUUAGUACCAAAUAAUUUUUUACUAUAAAAUAGUUCAGAGGAAAUUGAAAAGAAGCUCUAAAGUAUCAUGUUUCUAUUUUGCCUUAGCAGAGUAAUAAAAAUCAAAAUUUUCUAAUAACUGUUAAUCUUGAAAACAGUUUAUUUGAAUAAAAAAAGAUACAAUCAUAGUAAUGCUAUUAUCAUCCCAAGAAAAAAGUUUAUUCAUGUCUGAUUGGUUUACAAAAGGACUUUUAAAAUAAAUUUCAUCUUUAAAGCAAAAACUUUAGAUAAAGACUGAAAAAGUUGAAUGAUUUGUUAGAUGUUAAUUUUUCAAGAGAUUUGGUUUUAAAUAUGGAUGUUUUGUCACCUUAUUUCUCUUUAUCCCAAUCUAGAUACAUUGCAAUUUCCCAUAAAAUAUAAGUAAAGUAGCUCUAAAAAGCUUAAAACCAAACAGCAUUAAUUUGCCCUGCCUUUGGCACCAAGUUACAUUCCCCAGAACCAGCUAACUUCUUUCCUAUGUACAUACAUUUUGCUAAAUAAAAUACAUAUAUUUUUUACCACUUAAUUCAUAAAGGGACAAAGAAGGAUUUUUCAGUCUCCUAUUCUCCCCACUGCCCUUCUCCAUCUUCUCAAUAUGGCUAUGUUAAAACUUUUAGUUAAAUCCAUACUUAUUGUUUUUAUUUUAUGACCAUGUAAAUACUGUUCACUUCUGAAUUAACAAUUGUGCUGUGAUUACAUUUUUCCUAGAGUUAAUAAUUGCCUCAUUUUUUCGUGUAUUAUAUGUCUUUAUUUAUGACUAAAUUUUCCCAUACCUUCUGCAGGUAGUUAUAGGGGAAUGGGAUUGUGGAGCCUUUUAUUUUCUACUUUGUAUAUUUUUAUACUGUUUGAAUGCUCUUAAAAAGAACUUUUAUUUAUUUUUUAAUUACUAAAAGCAAGAAAAGUAUUUCCACUUUGAAAACUACAAAAGCAGUGAAAGUGUUAACCACUCACCAGCAAAGAAUUUUUUAGAUUUCAGUGAGGAAACCAGACAAAUGAUUGAGUGUUGGACUCUAGUUUCUAUGUUCUACCCAUUAAUUCACCAAAUUUAAAACAAAAAAUAAUUGGAGAAAAAAAUUGCCAUAAAAUAUAGAAAAGUUUAUAUGAAUACAUUCAAAUAUGAACAGACAGAUCAACAUCAACAAAUAUUUGAAGAAAAGCCUCCAACACAAUAGGGACCCAAAUGACCAGACCAAAAAAAGGGAGCUUAGUGGAGCUGAGGAAUUUUGGCUUUAAAAAUCUAUCUGGCCUCAUGGAUUUCAGAGAAAGGGACUGUGAACCUGUAAUAAAUUUGGUACUUUCUAAUAUAAAAGCAUUUGUCAAGUAGAAUGCUUGUCUUGCUGAAUGUAAGUUGUUUUCUUUUUCUCUGCAAUCAUUUAUUUACCCAUUGGAUUUUUUUGACUAGAUAUCUAUUCUGAAACUGCCAAUUAUAAUUAUUCAAUUUUAA